AUGUUCCACACUUUUGAGAGUUUUGAAAAUCCCACGGCAGCGACGCCUGUCAAAGCCCGCCCCGCCCCCGAGCGCCGUGAAUCAGUCAGUCGUCGAGUGACGACCCUGCGCGCAUGCACAUCAUGUCGGCACCGGAAGAUCAAAUGUGACGGCGAAAAGCCAUGUGAAGCCUGUCGCUGGUACAAGAAGGCCGAUCAAUGUCAUUACUCUGACCCCAGGCCAUCUAGAAGGCAUGUCGAGAAGCUCUCUACAACAUUGGACGAAUAUCGGACCAUUUUGGGAAGAUUAUUCCCUCAUGUAGCCCCAGAGUCACUUGUCAACCUGUCCCGGGAAAAGUUACUUGAGCUUACAUCUGCAACACCGUCGACUUUGCCGCCGCAGAUCAAUACGCAGCAUGCCGCUUCACCGUCUACCUCAGGGUCCAUGGAGGCUCAUAUAUCCCCGCUUUCCAACGAGGAUGACAAUCUUGAAUCGCUACAAAGCAUGCCAGAAGAGCUGGACGAUGGGCGUCCUGGUCAAUCUAACUUCUUGGUAGAAGGAGUCUCCGACGAUGUCAAUGCAUUGUCACUGUCGUCCAGACACCCUUCCUCAUACCUGGGAGUUUCGUCCAUCCAGGCUGUUCUCAAAGUCAUCCUCUGGCUUGAUCCAGGCUGCGCCUCUUUUUUUGCUCGUACUCCACCUAUUCAUCCGCGUGACGAAGUCGAUCUUGAAUAUGAUCCUCAGAACGCAUGGCCUCCCCAGCCGCCAGCCACUCCUCCACCGCCUUCCAUUCCACCAAGUGAAAUGCAGAUGCUGGACUCAUACUUUUGUUAUUUUCAAGCAUUUGCCCCCAUGAUUGAUGAAAAAUCAUUUCGAGAGUCCUAUAUGACUGGCCACAGGAAGGAUGAUCAUUGGCUGUCAUUGCUGAACAUUGUUCUAGCACUGGGUAGCAUCGCUGCCACGAGUCCGGAUGAUAUGACACACCAGACCUACUUCUUACGCUGCAAGAGCCACUUAAGUUUAAGUUCUCUCGGGAGCUCCCAUAUUGAGACGAUACAAGCUCUUGGCCUCAUCGGUGGGUGGUAUUGUCACUAUAUAAGCCAGCCAAAUUUAGCAUAUUCUGUUCUCGGCGCUGCACUGCGCAUGGCAGCCACACUUGGGCUGCACAAGGAGUUUGCGGAGAGCCGCCAAGCUCCCGGUCCCGCCAAGCUUGCAUCCAUGGAUCUUAAACGUCGAGUUUGGUGGUCCUUAUUUGUGAUGGAUACAUGGGCAGGUAUGACACUGGGUAGGCCCAGCAUGGGUCGUUUUGGUCCUUACAUCACAGUCAAGCCACCAAAUUGUCGAGAUAAGGAAAACUUUCUUGAUAUCCUCCCGCUUGUAGAGAACAUCCGGUUCGCCAAGAUCGCAACACAGGUCCAGGAGUCUUUGGCAGCCGCGCCCCUUGUUAAGCAUCAAGAGAUGGCCCACGCAGAUGCUCAACUCCUUGAGUGGUGGGAAAAUCUGCCACCUAUUCUCAAAGAUCACGAACCGUGUACAGAGUCAAUCAGCACCGUUCGUACCGUCAUGCGAUGGCGAUUUUACAACCAACGUAUGCUUAUCUAUCGUCCUACCCUUCUCAGCUAUGCCAUGCGCCGCGUGCCAUACAUCGCCCUUCGAGUUGAGGAACGCACUGCGAUCGAAAAAUGUCGCGAAGUUGCGGAGAUUUCUAUCCAGAAUAUUGCCGCAACGGCGCAGUUUAACCAACUUUGUGGUUGGAAUGCCGUCUGGUGGACGUUUCAAGCAUCUUUAGUACCACUAGUGGGAUUAUUUCUCAACGACCCAACUGCUGACGAUCCCCGUGCCUCAAUUGAAUCCUGCCAGGCGCAAGUGGAGACCGCAAUGACCACUUUGGCGCGGAUGUCAGCUUAUGGUCAUACUGCAAAGCGAUCUUUAGAUGCUGUUUCACGCAUAUACGAGGCCAGCAAACGUGGCGAUGACUUGGCUACAUCAACAGCUGGCAUUAUUCCCACCAGCAUGUUUCCCUCUGGCCGAGAUUUGACAUCCCUAUUCUCGCCACCUGAACCUACACGUUUGGCGAUGUCUUUGAGUGAGGGUGGGAUCUCGGACCCCCUCUCUGCCCCGUUCUUUGACGAUUCCGGGCAAUAUCUGUGGGAAUAUCUGAGCUGGAGUGACAACAAUCUUUGGCCUGGCAUGGAUCUUGAUAAUAGAGGUGAUGCAAUGGCCGUUUUGACACCUGAUCAUGAGAAGGGCUCUAAAUUCACUGCGCAGCCGUAUUUCGAGCCCUUCACCGACUCCUACUUUGGUAAUCAGCCCUCUUAUUAUUGA